AUGAGCUCCCAAAAAGACAGCGACCCUUCAAUCCGCCGACGCAAAACCUCUUCGGAACUGGUUGAAGCAGGAAAUGUCGUUAAAGAAGCACUUGCCACCUUCAAAUCCACGCUAAAAAGCAAUCCAUCACAGCCUGUUCAGCAGGAGGAUGAUUGCGAUUUAUACGCAAAAUUAUUAGCAAAUAAGUUGCGAAAAUUAUCUGAAAAAAAUAAAUUGCAGUUGAUGCACGACAUUGACGGCAUGUAUUUACGAUACCAAUAUGAUGACCCUGUGAUGUCUCCAUCACCACCCCAAAGACCGGGCACAUCAUCAUCUACGCAUUCAGAGCCUUCAUUGCAUUAUGGACAGGCUGAUCAAAAUACUCAUUACCAAAAUAGACAAGUAUUAUCAGUCCCAGACCCUGUGAUGUCUCCAUCACCACCUCAAAGACCGGGCACAUCAUCAUCUACGCAUUCAGAGCCUCCAUUGCAUUAUGGACAGAAUCAAAAUACUCAUUACCAAAAUAGACAAGUAUUAUCAGCCCCAGCUUCUAAUAUCAUCAUUCGAUCCCACCAGCUUGUUCGUGCACCAAAUUAUCCUGUCCUUCGUAUACCAGAGAACCAAGGUGCAAACACAUCUAAUCAAAAUCUAGAUAAUAUAAUUCAGGCAGCUUUUGACUUAAGUUAA